UCUUACCACACGGGGGAGACACGCUUCUGACAAAUUAACGUCAAAAACAACGCAAAGAAGAAAGCUCUGAAAACUACAGGCGCGAGGAGCAUGCUAAGCUAAUACAAACUCUAUCACUAAUAUUAACACAGAUUCAGGACUUUUUGUGUCAUGGAUGGAGUUGUAGCUAAGUACGUGUCUCAGAAAAUCAGUAAAACUAGAUGGAGACCGGUUUCACACACGACUCUGCAGCAGCCGGACAUCUUUGCUACGGGAUCAUGGGACAACGAGGACAACAAGAUUUCCAUUUGGUCUAUUGGCAACAAUGAAGUGGCAGCAAUGGAGGAUGGAUUUGAAGGAGACCCACAACUCUUAUGUGAACUCAGGCACGAUGGAGAUGUUAUGGAUCUCCAAUUUUUGGAUCAGGAAAGAAUUGUCACAGGGUCUUCAACAGGAGCCGUCACUAUUUUCCGUCAUAAUCAAAACAGUCAGACGUUAUCCAUCUCUCAAAGCUGGGCACGAGCACACCACUACCCCAGUGACAAUGCUCCCUGCACUGGUGUCGUGUGCAGCAGUCCUGAGAUUGUCACAGUUGGUGAAGACGGCAGAAUUAUCACCUUCAGAGCUGACCACGAAACAGUAACUCGAGUUAUAGAUAAUGCGGAUAGCAGCACUAUUCAUGCAGUCACUUACUUAAAAACUUCUGAGAUACUGACGGUGAACUCUAUUGGUCAACUAAAGCUGUGGGAUUUAAGACAACAGGGCAACUCUCCAUCCCAGAUUCUGUCAUUGUCAGGUGACAGAGUUCUUCAUUGUGUGGGAAGACAUCCAAACCAACAGCAUAUCGUGGCCACUGGUGGACAAGAUGGCAUGCUCUGUGUAUGGGAUGUGAGGCAAGGAAACACACCCUUCUCGCUCAUGGAGGCACAUUCUGCUGAAAUGUGGGAGGUCCAUUUUCAUCCAACCAACCCGGAUCAUUUAUUUACUUGUUCAGAGGACGGAUCUUUACUCCACUGGGAGACCUCGUCACCAGACACACCCUCAUUCUUACAAGGUGGCAGGAACAACAGCAUGAUGUCUCGUAGUGCAAUGGCCCCAGCUGGAGGGAACCAGUCCAUCAUUAGUGCCUGGCUCAACGGCGACUCCAGUAAAGGUCGUCUGGAGACAACUCACAUGCUGCCAAGCCAAACACUGUCAGUGAACAGCUUGGAUGUUCUGGGACAGUGUCUUGUGUGUGGGACAGAUGGAGAGGCCAUUUUUGUAAGUAGGCAGGUGCCAGUGUAGGGAAAAAGACAUUGUGAAUGAGAUUAGUAUUUUGUACAUUAAGUAUAUACAAUUUUCUGUGCUACAGUGGUACAAAUUGUACACACAUUUGCCAUAAUGUGAGCAUGUCUCACAUAUUACAGAUCAGUGUAUUCAGAAGCAUAUAAUGUUGAAAUAAACACAUUUUGUAAACAUAA